GGUUGCGUGGUCUGUGCGUGUCUGAGCUGCUGGAGCGUCUGGAGGAGGUGGAGCGACAGAUCCGUGGUUUCUCCGAGGAGCUGAUCGAUCAGCUGGCGGUGAGGGAGGAGCUGGACUAUGAGAAGGAGGUGAAGAACACGUUCAUCUCGGCGCUCAUCGACGUGCAGAACAGACAGAAAGAACAUCGAGAGCUGCUGAAGAAAAAGAGGAAGAUAAAGGCCACAGGCGGCAAUCAGAUAUCCAACCGCUCACAUGUGCCAGGAACCUAUUUGACGACGGUGAUCCCGUAUGACAAGAGCAGCAGAGCGCCGUCUGUAGAAGACCUGCAGAUCCUGACCAAGAUUCUUCAUGCCAUGCGAGAGGACAGUGACACAGUUCCUGCUCUUCUGACCAGCUACAUCCUCAAAGUGUUGUGUCCCACGUAGUGUUUCUGGAGCUGAAACGAGCAAAUCUCAUCGGUUCGCCGGAUGUCCGAUCAUCUGCAUCUCUCCAGAUGAUGUUCUUCUCUGAUCUUGCACAGAACUGACCCGCCAGUGGCAUUUAUUUCUCAGUUUUGUUAUGUGUAGAUGUAAUUGUGUGUUUGAGCAUGAGUGCAGUAUUUAGUUUAUUUCUUAAUGCAAUUCACAUUUCACUUACUGUCAGAUUCCACUUUAUUAUCACAGUGCAGCUGCUGUAACUCAUGCACGUUUGCAUCGUAUUUGGUUUGUUUUAGCGCAGAUCUAGAUGCAAGUUUCCCUCUUUCGAUAUUUCCAUCAAAUUAAAUUAGAUUUCAGGAAGUCUAAUGGCUAAAAAUCAUAGAAAUGAAUGGAUUUCAAUGAUUUAAAAGCAAUCUCUCCAGCAAAGGCUGGUACAAAUAUUUGUGUGGGUAGCUGUAAAAUCGAAAGGUUUAUCAUAUUAGAAUGAAAUAGUUCAGUCAUGCUGAACAGAAUUAGUGGUACUUAAAAACAACCUGAUAUUCAUUAAAUGCAUUUCAUUGCCAGUUAAUAGAUCGUCAUACUCAGUUUUUGUUCUAUUCGAUCAGUUUUAUAACUUCUCUGUAUAACAGUAUUAAUACUGAGUUGAUUUGGCGUGAACAGUACGAGUAUUUUCUACCAGUUGUUGUGGAAUCUGAGAUCUCAGUGGUGAAGAAAGGACUUUAAUCAGAUCUCUGGACUGGAUUUCUGUUUGAAGGUAUGAAGAGCUAAAACGCACACAUAAAGAGAUAAACACGUCUGUCUGUUCUCACUACGGUCCUGUAAGAUUGUCUCUAGUGUAUUAGUUUUUUGUUGAACGAUUGGAGGUGAUAUUUUUGUAUGUGUGACUGUCAAAUCUGAUUGUUGUUUUUCGACGGAGAGAUUGAGAUUACGUUGUGUUGAUUCCUGCAGAUGCACGACCUUAAAGAAAUAGUUGAUGUAUGUAGGGUGACAGUUUUUCAGCCAAUUUCUCCGUUUAAAGGAUUAUUUCACCCUUAGAAAACAGUUUUAAUUACUUUUGUGCAUAGAAGUCCAUACAGAUCAUGUGCCAUAUUUAAAAUCAUCUUGAAGGCAUUCAGUCGCUUUUAUAUUUAAUUUAAUGUUUUUGUGUUCCAUGAAAUAAAAUCAUGGACCAUUAAUUAAAUUUCUGAGUUAACUACUACUUUAAACUCAGUAAAUUCUGCAUGUGAGGAGUAAAACAUCUCGCAUGUCUCUGUUCUGUGGGUUGAAGGGAAGUCAUUGUUUUUAUGUUUGUAAAGCAUUCAGAAAAGUAGAAGUUGCUGCAUGCACUUUCAGUUGGUCUAAAAGGGAACAGUUUUGUAGAGCAUGACAUUUGCGUGAAGCGUUGAACUACAGAUCUUCGUCGUCGGGUGCUCAUGGCCUGAUUCAGAGGAAUAUUAGGAGUGCACAAUAAAUCAGGGUACACAUAACAACUAGAGAUUAUUAUAUAUUUUUUACAAGCAAUAAUGAAAUGCUGCCUGUCGAAUGCAUUAAAUUUUGUAUGUUAAAAUGACCUUAUUUUUAAUUCUGACCAAAUUUUUUACAUGAAUGGUCCUUUUGAAUUAGAAAUUUAUAAGCAAUGCAUUGUAUGUAGCAGAGCAGUUUUUAAAUAAAAACAUCUGUUCAUUAAA